CAGAAGUCAACCACUCUUUCUAUGUCUCAGUGUGAGCACCUUGCUCUUUUCUCUCCAUAAGAUUUAACUUAAAUUGGAAUUUUUUAAAUACAGUGUAGUAUAGCUUAGAUUAUUAUUGGCACGAAACAUGGAUUAUUACUUCAGUGUGCCCGAAGAUGUACCAAAUUAUAAUUAUUUAAACAUAUCCUGUGAUGAAAGGGUAAUACCUCCUGCUGCAGAAUUUAUAAAUAAAUUGGGUGCUUUUGGAGCAACAUUUGUGAGCAUUGGAACUAUUUUAACUGUAGCAACAAUAGCACUGGCAGCAGAUGCAUCAUACCACAUAUUCCUCCAACAAGAAACAAAAUUCUACAAAAAAAGUAUCUUCAUCAUAUUAUGGGUUUAUCCAAUUGCCAGCACCUGUAGUCUUAUUGCUCUUUCAAUACCAAGAGCCCAAUUAUUGUCUGAAGCAAUUACUCAAAUUACUUUAAGUAUAUCGAUGUAUCGAUUAUAUCGGGUGAUCAUCGAAAUCAGCAAGAAAAAGGUCACGGAGACGACGACAAUGUUACUGAACGUGGGGCCAUGCUGUUGUUGGCCAGGAUUACCGUUUCCCAGCCUCCAACUCAACGAUGCCAAUUUGUCCUGGCUACAAAUAAUUGUCUUUCAAUUCCCUAUUAUUCAGGGGAUCCUUUACAUUAUCCUACUUACUAUGUAUAUUGAAGAUCCAGUUUUCUAUACAAGUUAUAAUGUGUUUCUGCAACCUUUAUGCAUUACCAGUAUCCUUUUCGCCCUUUAUGGGCUUAACAUUGCAGUUAUGACCAUGAAACAGGUGUAUCCAGAAGCAAAAUUACAACUAAAAGCCCUGGUGACUCAAUUAGUACUUUGUUUUUCGAAGCUUCAAGGAUUCAUAAUUAAAAUUUUACCAGCAACGGGUCUCUUUCCAUGCAAUCCACCAAUCACACCGCAACUCUAUGCAAAUUUUACUUACAACUUACUGAUGGUAAUCGAGAUGUUGCUUCUCUGCUACGUAGCGAGAUAUGUGUAUAAAAAUCAUGACAACGUCAACAAUAAGCCAACAGAAGAAUCAUCACCGAGAAAAGUAACUCUUCAAGAAAGCCACUGUGAGGAGAAUAAAACAAGCACCGUUGGAGGAAUCAACAACAAUAGUCACGUCCAACUACCUAUCAAGCUUGUAAACAUGACCGCUUGAUAA